AUGUAUCGUGGAGCUCCAGUGCUGUCGCCUUCAGCAAUAUUGCAUCCCGACAGUAGUUCUGCAGACUUCGGAAUCUAUGGUAUCGAACAAAAUGAUCGUUAUUUAGACCUGAAUUCUAUUGAGCCAUCGCUACUUUACCCGGCCACAGCACAGCAGCAAAAUUUUAUUUAUGGCAUAUGUAAAAGCAGCAACAGUUAUGUAACGGACAGUACAAAUCAGAUACAGCAAAAUCGGUGCCCACGUCGAAUGGUCAGGAGAAAACGUACCAAGCGCGAUCCAAAUGAGCCAAAAAAACCGGUUUCAGCGUAUGCUCUGUUCUUCCGAGACACCCAAUCUGUUAUAAAAGGACGUAGCCCCAGUGCCAGCUUUGGCGAAGUAUCCAAGAUUGUUGCAUCGAUGUGGGAUUCACUGGACAACACUGCAAAAAACUUGUACAAACAAAGGACGGAAAUUGCAAAAAGAGAUUAUUUGAAGAACUUGGCGGUUUACCGCGCCCAACAGAUAUCACAGAGUGAAGCUGGGAACUGCGGGCCAGUGGACGAACAUUCGGCAAUGCACUCGAACUUACCGAACUUGGCAACUGAUGCAAAUUGCCAAAAACAGCCGUCGCAGAAACUCGAGGAAUACCGCAAAAUGACUCUGGCAAGUCUGAUGGCUAGUCCUCCCAGUGGAGCCUUAUUAAGCUACUACUCGCCGAAAUUAAACGCAUUCAAAGUGGGCAAAUCAGCAAAAUUGCUCCGCGGGAGCAGCUUCGACUCGGUACCACUGAUCAUCGAGUGCGUGGGUCUGGCUUGUGGUCUGAUUGCGUGCGUUGCAAUGCACUGUUUGCUGAAACGAAUCUACGAGAGUGACGACGAUGGGCCAACAAUUCAUCAUUUAAUACACGAUAAAAUAUACAAUAGCCAAUUGCUUCAGUUUCUACAGAGACAGGAGCGACAUAAUGUUCAAGUAUGA